AAGACUAUGAGUAUUCGGUCCACCAUCUGUCGGAUCUGGUGUUCUGGCUGCAUGUGCAAGGUAUAUUGUGAGCAUCGCUGUGACGCCCUCCCAUGCAAAUUCCGCCGAAGCGCCCACACUCGGACCAUAACCCCGGACUACCACAUCGGCGCUUUCUCACAGCCUCACAGGUAUCUGACAAACUCGCUUCUUUUACUGUAAGUGACCAUGUGUGGGCCUUGGGAAGAGACUCACCAUCCCCUUGGAGGGCAAUCGCCUCAGAUUUCCCUGGUGAGACGGCGCACCCCAGGCACCCGCGGGCAAAAGGAACCUCCACUCCUUGCUGGCAUUCCCAUGGUUGUAGUAAUCGACAAUUCGAACGGUACCUGCUUACUUUGGCGUCAGGGAAACGGGGAUGCGAGCCUUAUUCGUUGACUCGCCAUAUGAUCGCCGUCACCAAGUUGUCGGGUUGCCGCAACCUGGGAAUCCAAGGGAGAAUCUGGAGCCAUUCUGCACCCAAUCUCACAGUGGACUUCUCAAGACCUAGAAACUGCAUUCAAUGUUCUCAAGACGACAGAAUCUAAAAGUUUGGGCUAUGUAAGAGGGUAUGAGGCGGAUUUCUCAUUGUGAAUGUGGAAGCUGGAAAAUGGAUCAUAAAUUGUGGGUUUUGGUGGUUGCAGUGGUU